AUGGGAGCGUCCAAACACAGGCUGUGUCGUUCUCGUGUAGUAUCGGCUGCCUUCGGGCCUGGAGACGGCGUAAGAGUGCAGGCUGAUCGCUACUCUCGCCUUGACCGGCUCGCAUACGCGCUGACAACACUGUCGGUGUGCGCCAUCGCGGGCCUCCUGCAGGGCAUUUCGAGGUGUGGCCGUGCAGAGUUCGUGUAUUGCGAGAACGACAGCAAUACCUUCUACCACGUCGCGGGUGUCGGUGGCGGCGCCUGCCUCUCCAGCAAACGAGGCCACCUGAACAUCUGCAACAAAAGUCCCAACGGGUUCGGCUCACUGAGCGACUGCGAACAGUUCUGUGUCAACCGCAAACCGUCCGCAGAAGCGAUGCGAAAGGCCAGCAGUCUUCACGACUUGCUCCAGGAUAGACAUGAAAAGAAACUGGUGGUACCACGACGGUCUGUCCUGCCGUCAGUGGGAGUACCCUUCCGGUACCUGUCCGACAGCCGAGAGCGAUGCCUACGAGACCUUCCAGGAAUGCUACAACAAGUGUGCGCACCACGCUGAACGAUUUUUGCAGUGCCGUAAGCCGUCCCGGGCAGCCUGCGACGUGGUCCACAUCAG